GGGUGCUAGGAGCGUCUGGGAUGACGUUUGAGGCGGAGCUUUCAAAUCAGCGUGCACCAGGAAGUCUCUCAGGUUUUUACCUUUCUUAGGAACAAACACAGGAGGUUCUGUAAAUUCACUGAACAUGGCCAAGGCUGCAGUCAGGAUGCCGUCCCACCCACCGACAGAUCUGUUGAUGGGAUCCCGCCCACUAGAGGAACGGUUCAUGGGAACGUGCCCAUGGGAAUUGUGGGUAGGAUAUGUGAACUACGUGCCCUUGGUGGGCACUUCUGCCAACAUGGUGGACGGCUUCAUUGCGCUGCUCCAAGGAGACCGAAAGACCGCGGAGGCCAAGGGCUAUAAGGACUUCCUGGAUUCAGCUGGAAUCCGUGACCUGAAACCAGGGUCCAUCCUUCAGAACGCCGAAGGCCAGACAGUAGUUGGGUGCAGUGCCAAAGUAUCCAAAGAUAUAAAUGACUACAUUAUACAAGCAGUAAAACCAGGGGCGAGUAAAACCGUCAGAGCUGCAAGGGCAGCCAAGGCAGGUGCAGAGCUAUACAAAGAGCUUUCCAUGUCUUUUGAGACCCUCAGGGGUAAACUGGAAGGGCGUGGUAUAAACUUGGCCAAAGAUGUGAAACAAAACAAAAGGUCUAGCCGGGGAGAACAUGUUUUCAACAAUGCCCUGCUUAGGCUAUAUGGCUCGAUAAUCGAUGAGUUCAUUCAAAGGCACCUCCCAGGCAGUAACAGAUUAACGUUGGUUAGCCGCAUUCCGAACAGCAGCGUUAGUGACGCCUUUCAAGGGAACGCCUCAGACGGCAAACACAUCAACUUGACUGCUGGUCAGAGACGAAACAUUAGCACCUGGGUAGUUCACAUUCCCGACAACAUAGUAUAUAUCCCAUUAAACAACAUGCUGUUUGCACACAUGACAGCCACUAUUCGGUGCAAUGCUGUUGACUACAUGCAUUCUUUUAGACUGGGGAAAAACAAUGGAAACGCGUUGGAUAAUCUCGCUGAAGGGGUAGCGUGGAUGAACGGACAUCGCGUUUAUCUGGACCCACAGGCUCUGGAAAUAUGGUUUGCUGAAAAUACAAAUCUAGCUGAGCAAUUUUGCGCAACUGAACAUGGGGUGCAACGAAUGCUGCGGUACCUGGAUCCCCAGAAUCCCCUGGAUCCCCCAAAUCCACAGAGGCAAACUCUGUUAGAUGAUUUUGUGAAUGACCUGAGACAGGCAGGUACAAAUAUUUAAUAAUGGAUUUUAGGAGUCAACCACCACUGGCUUGCAGAUGUAAAUGAACCAAUAGGAAGAAACCUUUUUAAAAGCUGAAUUGUAUGCAACAUUAAUACUUAUUUUCUUACAGAAUUAGUUAUUUCAUGAUUGAUUAGUAUCCCCAUUACUACCAACUGUCAGGGUUUCCCCAGCCUACAUGGGUUUUACCUCUUCAGGCCACGAGAGUGCGCUCUGGCCACGUUUCAUCCUGAUGAUUGCCUAACGCAUGCAGAAUGCAGACAUAAUCAUUGCCUAUCUCUGUCAGCUGCCUGUAGAGCUAUUUAAGCCUCGUCCUUGUGAUGCUCUGGGCUGUGGUAUUGCAUUCUGCUAUGUGCAGUGAGAGCCGUUAUUCUUAAACACUUAAACACUUAAACACUUAAACACUGAAACCCUUAGACGGUUAGACACUUAGUUAGUCAUUGCGAUAAUAUGAGUAGUGGAUUAACGGAACCUACCUGUCAAAUCAUGUAGCUCUACGAUAUAGUUUUAUAUUCACUUUUUAGCCAAGAAAAAAAACCCCUAAUAAUUUAUUAAUAUGUCUGUAUACUUUUUAGUUUACUUUUUUUUAAGGCUUUUGAAGUUUCAGUUUAAAUUUUCAAAUAUUUUUGUCAAUUUUGUCAAAGUUUCAUUUUAUAAAUCAUAAAUUAGCUACUUAAAUGGAUUUUUGAGGAAAAAGUGUAACCAUUGAAUAUUAUUACAAUUGUAUUUUCUUUAAUAAAUAAUCAAGUGUGAGCCAGUAAUUUUUAAAACAUGCAAGCAUUGCAUUAAUUUGCCAGGGGGAGAUUGGGGAAGAAACUAACAUGGGGCAUGUUGAAACAUGGGCAUUUUGUGUCUUGCAUUUGAGCAAGAAUGACU